AAUGCAGUCUUUGGAUCUUCUCUUUCUCUGUCAAAAAACCCCAUUGUUUCUCCCAGAACUUUCCUUUUCCUUUGGGCACUGCGAACCCUGUUUUGGUUUACUAGAGUGAGCUAUCUUCACAGCCCAAAUGUCAAACUCUGUUCCUUUUUUGGAAUUUCCAUGAAAUAUUUGCUUUUCAUCUUCAAAGAUCUGGUUUUUGAGUGGUAACAAUGAAGUCUUCAGCUCGACUUGACUCAGUGGUGUUCCAGCUCACACCAACUCGAACCAGGUGUGAUUUGGUGAUAACUGCAAAUGGGAAGACUGAGAAAAUGGCUUCUGGUUUGUUUAAUCCAUUCCUUGCCCAUUUGAAGACUGCACAAGAGCAGAUGACCAAAGGGGGUUAUUCAAUCAUCCUUCAACCAGACCCCACCAUUGAUGCAUCUUGGUUCACAAAAGGGACUGUGGAAAGGUUUGUUCGGUUCGUGAGCACUCCCGAUAUCUUGGAACGAGUGUAUACCGUUGAAUCCGAAAUUUUGCAGAUUGAAGAGGCUUUUGCAAUUCAAAGCAAUAGCACUAUAGGAUUUAGUGUUGUAGAAGAACAUCAAGUAAAGCCUCCGGAAAGCACAGGCACAGAAGGAAUAAGGGGUACUCCAGAUUCCAAUGACGAGAAAGCCAUCGUCCUUUACUCGCCUAGUGCACUGCAUCCUGAAGCAAACUCAUCUUCUGUGGAGGGAAAUUCUAAAGCUCAACUUUUGAAAGUCCUGGAGACAAGGAAAACAGUGCUGCAGAAAGAGCAAAGUAUGGCCUUUGCACGUGCUGUAGCUGCCGGUUUUCACAUCGAUCACGUGGCGCCUUUGAUUUCAUUUGGUGAAACUUUUGGAGCCUCUCGUUUUAAGGAUGCUUGUAUAAAAUUUAAUGAAUUAUGGAAAAGAAAGCAUGAAACUGGCCAGUGGCUCGAGAUUGAAGCUGCUGAAGCAAUGUCUAGUCGAUCUGAUUUCCCUGCUAUGAAUGGAACCGGCAUCGUGUUUUCCGAGAACAACGGAAAAUCUGGUGUUGAGUCAAGUACGGACGAGAAACCUCCAAUGGAUCAACAAACCCCGGCUCGCCAAGAAUAUUAUCAAGCCCAGUAUCCGCACCCGAUGUUUGCUCCCUGGCCUAUCCCUUCUCCGCUGGGUGGUAUGCCACCCUUUCAAGGAUAUCCCAUGCAAGGGAUGCCUUACUGCCCGAAUUACCCCGGAGGUGGUUCCUUCUUUCAGCAACCUUAUCCAUCAAUGGAGGAUCCAAGACACAAUGUUGGUAAACGAAUACAGAAACAGCAUUCAAUGGAUAGCAGGGAAAGCCAUAGUGGAUCAGAUACCUGGGAGAUUGAGAGAGCAAAAUCACAAGAUAAUGAGGAGUUGGAGAACAGAAGUUCGCCAAGUCCAAAAUCGAGAAAGAAGAGUAGCAGGUCAAGUAAAAGGAAGUCGGGAACGGUGGUCAUACGGAACAUCAAUUAUAUCACUUCAAAGAGGGAGAACUCUUCAGGUAGUGAUUUGCAGUCGCAUUCUUCCUCUGAAGAGGAUGUGGAGGAUGGAGAUACUGAGCAUAAGAACUCUCGGAGAUCCUCGAAGGUGAAUGGAAGUCGAACAAAGUCUGUUGAUGCAUAUGAUAGGGAAGAAGCAGCUAAUGGGAAGGACACCGAUGGUGGACACUGGCAAGCGUUUCAAACUUAUUUACUUAAGGAUGCCGAAGACGAAGAACGUAAAACUGACCGAGAAAUGUUUUCAACGGAAAAGGAAGUUCAAGGAAAGAGAAGACCGAACCGAGUGCGUGGAAGUGAAGAUCCUUUAGUUUUCAGGGGGCGAGAAAUGGGUCAGUUCGAAGAAGGGAAUGCAACUGACAUGCAUGAAAUUAGUGCAAGUGGCUCUCGCAUGCCUGGAGGAUCGAAUGAUCAGUCUUCGACUAUUGGAAUAGGUGGUCAUGCUGUUGAUGAUGGCAGAAUUCUCAUUGAUGGUGAAAUGGAUGGCAGGAGGGUUUGUCGAAGGAGCAUAAAUGAUGAAUUCAUCGUAGAUAGACAACAGAAUCUGUCAGAUAUUACAAAUUCUCCAUCAGAUCCACAGACUUUUAACUGGUUUGAACAUUCAUCCAACGGUUCGGAAAGAAGAUCAUCGAAUAAUAUAAAUGAUGAUUCCUACAUAGUUCCAUUCAGGUCCACUUCAGUCACUCAAGUCGAAACCGAUGACCGCUGUGCUAUCCAUAUGGAUUCUGAUUUCUCAUUGUCACUUCAGAAAGCAGAAAAUAUACCUAAUGGGAUUGGAAGCCAGGUCAAUUAUGAACUCGAUGAUUUGACUUUGAUGCCUGAGCGUGGAGCCGAAAUGGGGUCAAUCGGGUAUGAUCCGGCCUUGGAUUAUGAAAUGCAGGCUCAUGUUGAAGAUGGUACUUCACUGAGUAAGAAAAAUAAAGAAGGAAUGCAAGGGUCUAAAAAAUCGGAAAAGGACGACCGAAAAUCGAAACUUAUUGCUGAUCCUUCUGAUAAAAAGAAAGCUGUAGGGCCAAUAAGGAGAGGAAAACCUUCGAAACUGAGUCCUUUGGAUGAAGCAAAAGUCCGGGCCGAGAAGCUAAGAACCUAUAAAGCUGAUCUUCAGAAGCUAAAGAAGGAGAAGGAAGAGGCUGAAAUUAAACGACUUGAAGCAUUGAAGAUGGAGAGACAAAAGAGAAUUGCUGCUAGAGUCGGUUCUGUUCCGGCUCAGUCUUCAGUACCCGCACAAAGCUCUAAACGUUUGCCAUCGAAACUUUCUCCGAGCUCUCAUAAGGCAUCAAAGUUUACUGAUCGUGAGCCUGGACUGUCGUCGCCACUACAAAGAUCCAUCAAGCCUGCUUCUGCGGGAUCCGCUGGUUCUCACAAAGCUUCUAGACCGAGCAAACUGAACACCGGAACCCCGUCCCGUGAAAAUAGGUUAAGCCAGUCAGUUUCAUUAUUACCUGAACCGAAGAAAGACAAUGGCGGUGUAACUCAUGAUACAAAGGCGUCUAUGGCAAGGUUUAGGAGAUUAUCGGAACCGAAAAUAAUUAGCAGCCCACUUGUUUCUUCAGUGAAGUCGCGGCACUCUGAGCCAUCAAAGAGUACAAAAGUAUCUGGUGUGCCUCAAAGAAAAAAAAUAUCAGCAAUUGUGAACCAUGAUAAAAGUAUGAUUGCGUCUCUUCCCGAGCUCAAAAUUAAAACAACUAAAGCCCCUGAAGUUACCAGCAGCAAAUUGGGAGGAAAUGAAAUGACUCAGAAGGUGACUGUAAGUAUUUCUUCCACCACUGGUGUUAUCGAACCAAGUAGGAACAAGGAAGAAGUUUCACUUCAUGCCAAUGGGGAUGACAGUACAGUGGUUGACAAAACUGUUGUGAUGCUUGAAUCCGUUCCUGCAGUAAACUCAUCUGAAGGAAAUACGGCAGUUAAGAAGGGAAAUGAUGGCGUCUUUAAAAUCAGGAGGGAAACUGAGAUGGUGUCAGAUUAUACUGCCGUUUGUGCACCAGUUUCUUCAUUGAAUCCUCAAGCGCUCGAUAAAGAACAGAUACAACAAAAACAAAGAGCUUAUGAGGUUCAGAAGGCAAAUACAAGUGACAGAGAUAAGGAAUUGUCGAAAUUUACUAGUGCAAGUGUUACCAAAAAACAGUAUCAAGCCCCUUUAGCUCGGGUUUCUUCUAUGGAAGAUCCAUGUACCGAAAUUUCUGAGUAUGUCAGAGCACCUCCAGCUAGCAUGCCUGCUGCAACAACAAACUCAGAGAAUGUUAGAGCUCUUGUAGCUGACACUAAUAACUUGAACCUAGAAAAGAUUCCUGAGGUGUUGGAUAGGCCUCAGGUAAAGGACUCAUCGAAAGGAUUCCGACGACUGUUGAAAUUCGGAAAAAAGAAUCAUAGCUCAGCCAGAAGCGAACAUAGUAUUGACUUGAGCAGUGAGGCUGAAGAGUUGGUUCCAAAUGCUGCCUCAUCUAGUGAAGUUCAUAUGUUGAAGAAUCUGAUCUCCCAGGACGAGACCCCGACGGCCGGUAAUACUCCACAAAAAUCUUCUCGCUCGUUUUCGUUGUUGUCACCAUUCCGAAGCAAGAUCAGUGAAAAGAAGUACAUGGCUUGAGGAUGAAGGUGAAGCCAUGAACUUUGUUAUUUCUUUUCCAUGGAUAUGUUUGUAAGAAAAAGUUCUUUCUGCAUCCACUUCCAGUGGUUAAUGUUCUCGAACCAAAUCGGUUUCGAGCCGACUUUUCCUCCCGAUUUAUAUUUACUUUCUUAUGUAU